AUGAUGCUUGUGACUAAUUUUAUGAUACUAUCUUAGGUAAGUGGAGAAUGAUAUAGCAGGCAUUCAUGAUAAUAUAAGAUAGAUAUGGUGAUAAGUUGCAUGUUGGUUACAAACAUAAGCCUCAAAUAAUUUUUAUAAGUAUUUAAUUUAAUUAAUUUUCUCACCAAUCACCAUAUAUUGACAAUUUAAGAUAAAGUUGCUCUUAAUUUUAUGAUCAUGAUAAUAUCAUCACACUCCGUAUCUCUAGUUGUAAAAAAUUCUAAGAAGCUCUCAUGGAGAGGAAUCAUACAAUAUAUCAUUCUAAGUUUUAAGGAUUAGGUUUUUCCACUCACUUUUCUAUAAAUCAAAUAAAAAAUAUUUAAACAGAUUUAUAGAAUAAACAAAAUAGUUAGACUUAAUUUUAUUUAAUUAACAAAUAGUACAACACUUUAGACUUAAUUUUGUAAAAUAUAAAACAUAAUUAGUAGUGUUUCUUUUUCUUUGUACAAUUUUGUAUUAUGUGAGAUAGGUCAAUGAUGAAAGUAGCUGAAUUUUGUAUUUACCAUUUGGAAUGGAAUAAUGGCUUAACUUAACCACCACUCCCAUCCAAAACCGUGUAAGCAAAUUUUUUAAGACAAGAAUAAAGUAUUCACCAUAAACAUCCAAUAACUAAAUGGGACAAUUUGGCUUCUAAUAUAAUACCUUAGACAAAAAAUUAUUUAUUUUUUAUUUUGAAAAAAAUUGCUACCGAUUUAUUUGCCUCAAAAAGGUAUUCAUACUUGGAAGUGCAUAGCUUUCGCCCUCUCAUAUGGCACUAUAACUAUAACUAGAAACUAAGUUCUUAGUUGGCAUAUAUAGGUCAAUCUCCAACUCAUUCUCUCUCCUUUUUCUCCUUUGACCAACAUGUAACAUAGAAUCAAAUCAAAGAAAAAAAAAAACAAAAUUUAAAUACUAAUUAAUAUAUUUUAUGUAUCCUAAUCCUAAUUAACACCCUUAUAUGUUUAAGAAUCCAACAGAUAAUAAUGACAAGAAGUCAAUGACAAAUUUUAAUGUAGCAUGAUCAAACACUUUAUUUGAAAAGUUCCAAUUAUCCACAUCACAAUCUUAAAGCUCAUUUCUUACAUUCUUCCACAUAUGCCUCUGAUUUAUAGGAACAAAAGAGUUUGAAGAGUUCAGCAGAAAGAAGAAGCUUUUUAGUUUUAACAUCACACCCAUCAUUCCUUUUUGCUUUUUUGGAAAACCUUAUCAAUCAUUUGGUAUAAGGUGGUAUAAGCUUACCUUCCCAACCAAACCCAUGAUUAAAGUUUGUAACUUUUUCAUUGUAUCAAUCAUAUACUAGGAAUAUCUUAUUGUGGGUUUCUCUUAUAAGAAGAAACUCAUUAGGAAGAUGGAAAAAUAGAAAUAAAGGUAAGUAUUUUUCAAAGAGAUUUCUUCUACCUUCUUCUCUUAAGUAGACCCUUUUUUUUUUUUUGUGAAGGAGUUUCCUAGAGUUUUUUUUGUGUGAAAUUUUCCUUCUAUCACACUAAUGAGUAUUGAAAAUAGUGCAUCAUCAUAGAAGAAGCUUCAAUGGGUUGUGUUCAUCCAUGGUUUUCAUUUUCCAUGAAAGAAGAAGCUAUUGUUCAAGGACUCAACAUUGUUAGAGGCAGAACAAGAGUUCUUCUAGGAUAACAUUUUUUCUUUUGUUCUCUUUUAAUGGGGAUCCUCCAUAAAUGGUGGCAAGUUACAUGGUUGAUUAUCAAUGUUUCUUUCUUGUUCUUAUCAUCAUCUUUUGUUAGAGGCUCAAUUAUUACUGAUAGCCUCGAAUCGUUAGAUGACUUGCUCUGCAAGCAAGCCGUGAACGAUGUGAAAGGGAAGUUUAUAAAAACAGCAAUCGUCUACGAAAUUUCGAUCCCUUCCAACUUGACAGGAAUGAAGAUCUCCGCCGUGAGAUUGCGCGCCGUUUCGUUCUGGAAUCGAGGAUUGAAUCAUAGCUUCCUUAGUCUUCCACCUAAGGUGGUGGCUCAACCUAGCAUGAAGAGAAUUGCAAUACUAUAUGAAAACUUAGGCAAAUGGUCAAAUCUUUAUUUCAAUGUAUCAAAUUACACAAUGAUUGCUCCAAUUCUUGGUUUCAUUGCUUAUAGUUCUUCAGAGAAAGAAUUGUUAGAUUGUCAAAAGAUCAAAAUUGACACUCAAGGAGGCAACAUUACUAUCCGGUUUCGAAACGUUUCGUCACACCCGAAAAACGUUACACCACUUUGUGCCAAGAUUGGUGACAAUGGCACGGUUGAAUUUAGCAACAUGACAAAGCCAUAUUUUUGUGAAGCACAAAGCCAAGGACAUUACACACUUGUGAUUCCAUCUUCUUCAGCAAAAGAAUCUUCUAAAUUGUGGUGGGUGUUAGGGUUUGUAAUAGGUCUUGUUGUGUUGAUUUUAUUGGCUUUGAUCUUAGUAGCUAUAAAGAUUAUUAAGAAGAGAAAAAUAAAGGAAAUGGAGAAGGUUUCAGAAGUUGAAGAAGCUUUUGAUACAUUCUGGAUUGGUGACACAAAAUUGCCAUCAGCUAGCAUGAUUAGAACUCAACCAUCUCUUGAGAAUGAGUAUCAUUAUCGUGGUGGUAAUUAAUUAAUUAAGUAAUUAGUACUAAUUAGUUAGUUUCAUUGGUGCUACAAUUUUUCUGAUUAUUAUCUUUUUGUCUUGUGUAUGUUGUAUUAUUGUAAUUGAUUUCAUCCAAGUGAAUAUUAUUAGGGCAUA